UUUCAGUUCCGGAAAAUGGGUCGAACUUCAAGGAAGCAGCGAGUCUCCUUUCCACGCUGACGGCCGGAUGGGGAGGCGAUGGGGGAGUGGAUCGUGCAGCUGUGGGAGGAGACGGUUUCAGGGUUGUUUGUAGUUAGUUGCGUGCGUCACGCCGGGAGCUGGAGACCAGGGACAUGGUCUGAAUGGCUGUCUCCUCGGUCAAUGGAAGAAGUUCGCACGCACCGAACAGCAGAGAACUGAAGUCACAGGGGAGGCGUCAUCUGCGCAGACUGGGCUCAAACCUCAGCCUGGCUCAAGCAACAAGAGAACCAGGCAUGGCUGGAAAGCCAUUCCGGGCCACCUUCAUCUGGAGCAGCAUCAUCUCCAAUCUCCAGAGUCGCGUGGAGGUCAAGCGCCGGCGCCACAACCUCAAGCCCUACCACGACUGCUUCCUGGGCUCGGAGGCGGUGGACGUGGUGCUGACGCACAUCACCAUGAACCGUUUCUUUGGCGACGAGGCGGUGCCCCGUAUCAAGGCCGUCCGUCUCUGCCAGGCCCUGAUGGACUCGAGGGUGUUCGAGCCCGUCGGCGUCAAAGUGUUUUACAAGGAGAAGAAGCCCGCCGCGUUCGAGGACAGCAGUUGCAGUUUGUACAGGUUCCUGAGCGCGACGCCCGGCUCUUCGUCGUCGCUGGCCAACGCCAACUCCUCAAGCACCAUCGAGAGCGGCUUCCACGGGCCGAGCAUGCACAGGAACAAGAACGACCUCAGUUCGUCACAUGAAAGACAAGACGUGCUGAGCUACUCCAACCAUUCCCCUGUGAAAACAGACCGAUCCCUGGAGGACGUGCUAGGAAACCUCAACCUGAGCGCCUCCAUCACCCCUCAAAUGAUCAACCUCGGCCUCUCCCAAGAGCUCGUGGAUGAGGUGUGGCACCAGCAGGCUGUGUUCAGACUGUUGCAGCUCAUAGAGCUCCCCCUGUUGGAGAAGCUGUUGGAGGGUAGAGACACGUCGCAGCCUCCCCUUCAUGGCAUGGACAGUGACCCGGACCUGUUGUAUACAUCAAGCUACUUAGACCGGGAGGUCCUCAAGGCCUUCAGUGAAGCACAGGCUGACGAGUGGAUGUCCGGAGCAGUGGACUGUCUAGAGUUUCUGCCCGAUGAGCGGGUGGUGGAGGUGAGCCGAGGUUUGGCAGGAUGCGCCGAUGACCUUCCCCGGUGUAAGAGUCUGCUCUAUGACAUCCUGGCACAGCAUUACGGACACAGCCAACAGCCCCCUCUGCUCAGCAAUCACAUCUUCGACAUCCACACUGGCAUCUCGGAGCUACUCGUGAACGGCAAGCAAGAGCAAGCUUUAGAGUCCCUGCAGCUGAGCCUGAAGCUGCAGGACCCUCGCAGCAGGGAGGAGCUACGCAGGCUCCUGAGAUUCAUGGCCGCUGCAGCCAAACCACAGGAGGUCAAGCUGCACAAAGAGAUUGAGAACCGAAUGGCGGUGAAACGGUCGUUCUCAAGCGCCAUCGUCUACAGCAAACGGCUCUCUAAAGGAAAGGUGGACCUGAUGGUUCUGUUCAUGAUGGAUAACCAUGGCGAUCUCUUCAAAAUACCAGUUUCAUUGCACAAGAUGGUCAGUGACAGAAUAAUGAAUAUUGUGAAAGGGAAGGAUCCAGAUGUGAUAACAGGUUCAACGUACUGCUCAAGAGUGAGCUCCAAGGCGUACUCCGAAAAUGCAGAACAAACUACAAAAGAGGAACUUUGGUCUUUACUCCGGAGCGUCCAUGAGAACCCAAAACUCUCAAAUAAAGAGAAGAGACGGUUGCUGGGACAGUUUUAUAAAGGCCACCCAGAGCUUUUUGUUCAGUACUUUGGAAAUAGAUUGUCAAGUAUGAAUGUGUUGCUGAAGUGAUGCUCAUCGGUGUGAAAAUGCAUGUGUGAUAAUGUAAAGAGGGCUGGAUUUAAAAACAAAAGCUAAUAGGAUGUGAAGAUGUGCAGUGUAGAACGUGGAUUAUCUCUAGGAAAAUAGUUUUGACUACUGAAAACAAAUGUGAAUUUUAACUGUGGAUUAUUAGGCAUUUUCUUUGGUGCGGGACACUAACAAGAAAUGUCCUUGUCUGUUCUAAUGUAUACGUUACUUUCCCAGUAUGACUAAAUGAACCAAGUAUUCCUGGGAGUAUUUUUGUUGUUGUUGUUGAAUGUUUUCUCACUGCAACGUGUCUUAGUAUGAAUGUGCAUUUAUCACACUAGAGCCAUGUCUUGAGGGACCCUCAAAUGUAAAUUGGAACCUGGAAAUCUGAAAGUCUGACAGUCAGAGGCAUUCAGGAGAAUUUGUCCUCUGGGUUUUUCUUUUUGUUGCAACCUUUUAGCAAAACAGAUGUUAGGUUUUAACACUAGCUACGUUCUAGUGGUCUAGUGGUUCUGUUUCCAAUACGUUUUAUGUAUUCCGUCUAAUCAGCCAAGGAAAUACAUUUCAGAUUUCCAGGUGACAAAAGCAUUCAGAUUUAACCACUCGCAUCUUUUUAUUUGGGCAAAUCUUAAUAAAAUUCAUCUGAAAUUGUUAAACAUUCAUACAUGUACAUUGUCCUUUUUUAAAAGACAAAAUGUGUUUAAUCUGGGGCAUCAUUAG